AUGCCUUCCGACAGCGUUGACGUUUCGCCUUUGGGACAGCCUUUGCACUUGCCCUUCAGCAAGCGCACGGCGCCCAACCGUUUCUACAAGGCCGCCAUGACGGAGCGCUUGUCCUCAUGGUCUCCCACGGACCUGGCGGCUCGCGGCGUCCCGAGUCCGGAGCUGAUCAAUCUCUACAAGUGCUGGGGGGAGAGCGGAUACGGCAUGAUCUCGACGGGCAACAUCAUGAUCGCGUACGACCACCUCGAGGCGGCCGGCAACCCCGUCAUCGAUCUCGAGAACCCCUACCACGGCGAACGAUUCGAGGCCUUCCAGCAACUGGCCACCGAGGCCAAGCGACACGGCAGUCUGGUGGUGGCCCAGGUCAGCCAUCCCGGCCGCCAGGUGAUCGAGCGAAUCCAGCCCAACCCCGUGUCCGCCAGCGACGUCAAGCUGGAGCAAACGAUGGGCAUGACCUUCGGCCAGCCGCACGCCGCCACGAUCGACGAGAUCCAGGACAUCGUGCGCCGCUGGACCCACGCUGCCGUGUACCUGCACAAGGCCGGCUACGACGGCAUGCAGCUGCACGGCGCCCACGGGUAUCUCCUGGCGCAAUUCCUGUCCAAGACCACCAACCGUCGCACCGACCAAUACGGCGGCAGCCUGGAGAACCGCGCCCGCCUGAUCGCGGAGAUUGCGCAGUCCGUCCGUCGCGAGCUCCCGUCGUCCACGGGGUUCAUUCUCGGUAUCAAGAUGAACUCGGUCGAGUUCCAGGCCGACGGAUUCACGGCGGAGGAGGCACGCGACGUGUGUAAGAUCCUGGAGGAGAACGAAUUCGACUUUGUCGAGCUGUCGGGCGGCACGUACGAGGCGUCGGCGUUCGGACCUCGCCGCGAAUCGACGAAGCGGCGCGAGUCGUUCUUCCUCGACUUUGCCUCGCUCAUCACGCCGGCCCUGCAGCAGACCAAGAGCUACCUCACGGGUGGUCUCCGCACAGCCGCCGGAAUGGUCGAAGCAUUGGAGGCGGUGGACGGCGUGGGCAUCGGGCGACCGGCGACGCAAGAGCUGGACUUGCCGCGGGCGAUCCUGGCGGGCACGAAGACGCGGGCGACGGAGCAGAAGUACGACCAGUACAACUUCGGACUGACGAGUGCGGUGGCGGGCACGCAGAUGAAGCAGGCGGGUAAGGGCCAGGAGCCGAUCGACAUGAGCGACGAGACGAAUGUGGCGGGAUUCAUGCAGCAGCUGAAGGAGUGGAUGCAGCGGAUGACGCAGGACGCGAUGAAGGAGAUGAAUCUGUAUGGCUUCAUGGAGCUGCGCUGA